AAGGGGCUUCACUCGGAAAAAAAUAUUACCCCAGCCUUCCUCCAAUGUUGGUUUUUGCUAAUCAACCACUUCUCAAUUCUAUUUUUCAUAUGACGAUUCAAAUCGCCACCGAAGCGCAAUCAUCUCAUGAAAUCGAAAAAGAAUCACUCUGUGCUAGACUAUAAACAUUUUUUUUCAAUCGCUAGACCAAAAAGGUUCAGUCGCUUUAUUGUUAUCAGAUUUUUUCUGAUAGAUUUAGUUGAGGAAAAGGAGGGAGAGAAGAAGAGAUAUGAAUACUUGAGGAAUACAGGUGAUUUCUACAUUUAUUGACAUAAAUCUUGGAUGAUUAUUUAAUGAGUAUAUUUGGAAAUCUGUAUUGGGUAAUCAUUUUUUUAAAUUGCCUGUAGGUGUUGAAUUCAUUUUCAGUUAGUCUUUUUCAGUUUGGAGAGGAAUUUAUUUUUUUUUCUGAAAAUCAAGUCUCGCUUUUGAUUUUAUUCGGAAAGGAUGUCGCCCUCCUGGGCUUGGGAAUGAAUUUCCGCCCCUGAAAACCAGUGGUCGAGGGACACAUUCUGCGGGAUGAUAAACCCCUGGUACUCCAAGAUGAAUCCGGAAGCUGAAGAUUUUUAUCGCGUCUUGGAAAUUGGAGAAAUUAUUACGUCAGACGACUCCCGGUAUUUGUCGUUGUCCUCGGAGUGAUCAAUAAAAAUGAUGAUUAAUUUUUUUGGUUUUUCCAUCGGGAUUUUCUGACGGACUCGAACUACCGCGCCAUGCACUGACGCAGAUGUCUGAAAUCAAUAUGAGUCCGCAGGAUUUGUAUCCCCUGACUUAACACUGCCGACAUUUUGCAAUUCAGGAGAAAAAAAAAGCUCGUUAAAAAGCUGUAAAUAAUCAAAGUAAAAAAAUAUGAGGCAUGAAUAAAUGAUAAUUUAUCGCGCGGAGAUUGAAUUUCCAAAAAUAUUUGAAAAGUCAAUUUAAAAUAUUCCGGUGAAAAAUCCGCGGAAUGAAUUGAGUUGAUUUAUCGCCUUAUAAAAAUCCGCGACAAAAAGUUGAGUUUCAUUUGCUGCUGACAGUAACCGAAAAAAGAACAUAUUCUCGAGAUUAUUUUUUAACGACGAAUAAAUUGUUCCUGACACUUUUUAUUACUUGCAAACAUAAUACUCUAAUAUUUCAACAUCCACAAUUUGAAAAUCAUCGGUUGUGGACCGCAUGCUGUCCGUAGGCGUUAUUUUAUUGAUCGUAACGAGGGUCCAAAGGCCCCAGCGCUCCUGCAACACCGUCAACUUUGUACCGCGCAAUGCUGUAAAACCCGCCGUCUCGGUCGAUCCAUUAAAUCCUAGACUUCCAAUUGAGAAUACAAAAAACAUGUCCCAAUCCGUACGAUGAGUCCGAAGUAUUCUUGCGGAUCAGUAGAAGCAAUUUGCCACGCAGGAAGUGGAAUAAUUGAGUGGCCGAGGGCUCACAAUCCGCCUCUCACCACCACAAUUUACCAAAUCCUCUCCAUCCUAUUCGUCCUAUUGCAAAAAGGACAAACAUCGUGGCUAUCAUAUCUAUAUCAUAUCAUAACAUCGAUAUCUCGAAACUCCAUCACGCUUAUCUCUCAUUGGUUCAAUCGUCUGAAGCGACCAGUUUUCAUUCGAAAUUCAUUUAAUUUUCAAAUUUUCAAUCAUGAUUUUUAUAAUUACACCGCGCUGUAAUUUGCGUCCGCUCUCGUUGAUAAAUAAAUGAGUAAAAAAUUCCGUGACUGAGUCCGUAAAGUCGGGAUUUACUGCCGCCUUCCAGACUUGGAACUGCACGACAAAAAAUAUUGUUCGAUACAUGGCCGUGAAGAACUUUUCCACCUCAUAUGAUCGCAGAAUCCAACUCCUGGGAGAAAUAAUGGGAAAGGUGGUCAGAGGAAUAUGGAAUAUGGAAUAUAAAAACGCAGAAGCUAGUGGGAAUGUUGCUUGAGCCGACGGUUGGGUCUGGCAACGUUGCAACUUAUUCCGCAUCGCAGCCGCAGUGUAACCGUUCUGUAAUAACGCCUUGUGUUAGUCCGCGCGAGUUUGUUCCGUCGUCCAGGUUCUCCGCAGCUUUCGUAAAAUGUAUCCGCGUAAAGGAUUUCGAGGGAACUCGAGGGUUAUCCAACUCUCACCGGCGCAUUUGAUUGACGUCGUCGAACUCAUCGCCGAGGUGAAGAAGAAGCCAAUAAUUUACGACUGCAGACACGACGGAUAUGGAGAUAGAUUAGCAAAAACCAAGGCAUGGAACGAAAUCGGAGAGGCCAUGAUUGAGGAUUGGGACAACAUGAGCUCGGAAAUGAAGGAAACCAUGGAGAAAAGUUUGCGAGGAAAAUGGCGACACAUCCGGGAUUAUUUCACUAAAGAACUCAAAGCGCGAAAGAUAACAGCAGAAGGGGGUAUCAGGAAGAGGAAGCCCUACGCUUACUUCAAAAAAUUAUCAUUCCUUUUGCCAGUGAUCGAGGCUAAGAGAAGAGCCUCACUAGCCAAGAAUUUGAGCGACUGCAAAACCGAAGAAGUAAUGUGCGAGGAAGGAAGAGAUUCAUUAGAUAUAAAUUACGGAUGCAGUCCACAUACAGCUGCAUCCUUUCUGGACCCAUCAAAUGGGCCCAUGGAUUCUGAUUCAAAUAUGAUUGAUCCACUCUGUGAGACGUCCCUGGGGCCCUUCGACAGCGUUCCCGACGUUUCCUCCCACAAUGGCCAGAGACCUAUGCUAGAUGAGGAGGACUACGAGAAAAUGUUUCUCCUCUCACUAUUGCCCUCCCUUCGGCAAGUACCGGAGAACAUGAAGCUGCAAGUUAAAAUAAAUAUUCAACAGGUUAUAGCCAAUGCCCUGCGCACCAGCAACACGAGGUCAUAGGUUGUUAAUUCUUUACGACAUUUUGAUUACCACUGAGAUUUUGAUGUUACGUUUUUAUCAUUGAGAAAAAAAAAUUAAUCAACCGCU